UCAAACAGCAGCUUUCUUGCUCACAGCUGCUCAUUUCAGCAGCUUGGAGAGAUGUGGGCUGAUCUGAAGCUUAAAGCUGCAAAUGGUUCGACAAGUUCCCUAAAUGAGCGUGAAGUAUUUUCUCCUACGACUAUACCACCUCUGUCAAGGAUGGAAGCCAAAGUUGUGGUACUGGGGGCAGAUAAUGUUGGGAAAUCUGCUUUAACCGUUCGCUUUUUGACAAGAAGAUUCAUUGGUGAAUAUGGAGAUAUAGAAUCCGUCUACAAUCACAACGUGACUGUUGCUGGGGUACAGGUUGCUUUCAAUAUUUGGGAUUCUCCGUUUUCUCAGGAUCGACUGAAUAAUAACAGUGGAAAGGAGAAACAGAUCCAAUGGGCAGACGGCUUUGUGUUGGUUUACAGCAUCUGUGACCGAGCCAGUUUCAACAUAGUCCGGCAACAGAUCCAGUUUAUCAAGUCAAUGAAAGCUUAUCCUGGCGCAGACCGAGCUCCCAUCGUCAUUGUGGGAAAUAAGAGGGACCUCUGUCACCGCAGGACGGUCUCCAGUGAGGAAGGAAGGCUCUUGGCUCUAGCAACCCACUGCGAGUUCUAUGAAAUCUCCGCCGCAGAAACUUACCAUGGCGUGUUGGUGGUUUUCCACAGUCUGGUGGACAUAAUCAAGGAGUCCAAGCUCCUGACCAUCAGAAAACCAGCCGGGAUAAGAAGCAUCGUUCGGAGUAUGUCUGCUGUGUUCACAAGAAGAAGAACAGAUUCCUUGUGAACUUGACAUCGUAUCGACAGCACGGCGCUGUGCUGCAUGUUUUAGCGUGGACUCUGGCUUGGAUUGCACUCCAUCCUUUAUCACGAGGUUUACAUCAAUGGUCACAAUUUAAUAUAUGUUCUGGGAUUUAAAAAAUUCCUUUUCUGCUUUCUCACAGUUUGUGGGGACAGUUGGAGCUAAAUGUCGAGCUUCACAUUGGGAGCCUAAAUAAUGAAUGUGGCUCAUUGGCCAUUUAGUCUAUCCUCACCACCCAUGCACGUAUUAUACAGUAAAAUGGGUGGAAACCAAGCACAAGAGUCUUUGCUGAUUCCCAACCCCAAUAUCCUAUUCACGGGGCACUGAACUGCCUAUAAUGCCAGCAGAUUAAUGAUCGAAUCUGCUAAGUGCUCUGCUUUUAGACGGGUGUCUCAAACGGCUUGUUUCUGAGAGAUUGGCCCACAUCCUCUUGACCUUGUUGAGCUCUUAGACACAGAGAGCCUUAUUCCUCAUUGAGUAAGCUUGCCUGGCAACCAUGAAAUCCAUCUGCUUUGAACCAAGUGAAUGUUAGCUUUCUAAGUAAGUGAUAAUAGGUUUCAUUGUAUCCGAUGGAAAAACUCCUGAUAAUGUACUUCCGCCCUCAUGUGGUGCUGCUGUCCAGGCUCAGUUGGGCAUCGAUAGUUUGACAUAAAUGAGUUGCAUGAUAAACUAAUAUUAUUCUUAGCUUAUUUGUUAUGCACAUUACGCUGUCUGACAGUCACUUCCUGUAAAGCGUUAACCAUGAUCUGUAGGGACAAUUACAUUGGUUUCCUCCUUUUCUGGCGGACGGAUGAAAUGACGUCACUAAGCUAAUCAAUGACGUUGGGCCAUACCAUUCUCCUUCUUACUCUUGAAGACAUUCACCACCUUGAUAGCAAAGUCAUGGCAAGUCCAUUCAAACCACUGAACAACCCAGUUUUGAACCAACCACUUAUUUCAUAAAAAAUUGAAGGAAUUUUACCACCAUUUGUCCUUUUGGGCAUUUUCUCCUCACCUUACCCACAGUUUGAUAGAUUUUUACAUAUUAAGAGAAUCUGGCAAUAUCGUGUUAGUGUCAGUAAGUAGUUCUGAUGUAAAAGACCAACAAUCAUCUUACUGAAUGUUGGAACAGACACAAGGAACCAAGCUUCAAGUUCUUACGCCUGGCUCUCUUCACACAUAUCACAGAACUAGAGAAUGGCCAUGACACAGAAAGAGUGCGUUCAGCCCCUCAAGUCUAUUCUCACUCCCUGUCAUUUCCCCAUUGCCCUGAAAAUUCUUUCUUCUUAGAUAAUCGUCCUUUUCUUUCUGGAUGCUACAAUUGAAUCUGCCUCUUAAACUAUCAAUAGAAAUGCAUUCCAGACUCUAACCAGACACUAUAUGUAAAAAAAAGUUGAUUUCUAUAUGAAAAACUCUGUGAUAGCUCCCUUGAGUUAAUCUUGAAAAAAUGACAGCUUGAUUUAUAAUAUUCCAAAAUUAUCUUUUCCAAAAUACAAUUAUCCAAUAUAUCAUGAGUUUGAAUAAUUAAUCCACUUCUAAAUACAGCAUUAGUUCUAACUCGUUGGUAUUUUCUCAUUCUUGCCCGCUUGAAGUAGAUCAACUUCUUGUUCACAUAUACUAAAGUGGUUCCAAUGCACCUAGGUUAAACAAGCUUAUCUUCUUGGGGACAAUAACACACACAAGGUACUGGAGGAACUCAGCAGGUCAGGCAGUUUCUAUUGAGAGGAAUAAAGAGAAUGUUUCAGUCUGAGACCCUUCAUUAGGACAUUUCAUUUAAUACAAGUACCUUCUUGGACAAUUCUUUAACCCUGGGUCACUUCAGCCUGAAGUUGAGUUUGUUCCCAAUGGACAAAACAUUGAGAUUUUUCAGAUGGAUUGAGGAAAAUUAUGGUUGAUUCAGGCAAAGGAGUGUGAUGUUAAAAAGUGGAGGAAUCUUUUCAUCCAAAACACUAAUCAGGGAAGUGAUUGGAAAUGAGAGCCAAGGCUUAUUUACUGUCUAAGUACGUAUAUGUCAUCACACACAUCACUACCUUGAGAUUCAUUUCUUGCAGACAUUUACAGAAAUACAAUAGAAUUUUUGAAAACUCUACCUAAACAAAGACUGACAAAUGUGCAAAAGACAGACUAAUGUGCAAACAGUAAUGCUAAGAACAUGUGUUGUACAGUCACUGAAAGUGAGUCCAUGGGUUGUGGAAUCAGUCCAGUGUUGGGGUGAGUGAAGUUAUCCACGUUGGUCAAAGAGCUUGAUGGUUGCAGGGUAAUAACUGUGCCUGAAGCUGGUGGUGUGGGCCCUAGGUUCCUGGAUAUCCUUGCCAAUGGUAGCAACAAGAAGAGUACAUGGUCUGGAUGGUGGGGGUCCUUGAUGUUUUAGUGGGUUCAGAAGUGAAGUAAUUUUCUGUGGAGUGCAAAUGAUGGGAAGGUGGGUUGAGUUUAAUCCAUCUAAGAGAGAUGGGCUUGAUGGGCCUUAUGACCUUUUCCUCCGCUCUCCAAGAUUCUUAAGCUGACUUGAGAAGAACUGCUGUGGUAAGACGAUGCCUAGAGUUCCUGUAAAUGUUCAAACAUUGAACUUUGGCCUGAUAUUAAACAGUGUUAGAAAAACACACAUGUAUAUUCUUAACAGUUUCUGUCUGGGUUUUUACAGCUUAUUUAUAGAAUCCGGUCAAAGUUGAUCAGCACAUAUGAAACUAUUGUACUAAUAAUACAGUAUAUAAAAAUGUUAACUGUAAAUACACAAGGUUUUAUGCACAGUAUGUGUGAGGCUAUAUCUGGUGCUGUAUUUCAUUCAGUGUGCUGUUGAGACUAUUGUGUUAACAAUAAACGUUUUCUCUUGGGGGAAAAAAUAUGCAGA